UAAAUUGCAGUGCUUUGCGCGCUCAGUCAAUGGAGCAGUAGUAAGCAUUUUAUUUGUUGGAUUUUUAUCCUCGAUUAAGUAUAAAAAAUACUCUUGACUGUUUCUUCAGCUGACGUUGAGCAGGACUGUCGAGAAGAGCAGAAAAGAUGAAAUACAUUAUAGGAAUUGGCGGAGUCACUAACGGUGGUAAAACCACCCUGACAAACAAGUUGAUCAAGACUCUGCCCAACUGCUGUGUUGUGCACCAAGAUGACUUUUUCAAGAAACCCGAUCAGAUAGAAGUCGGGGAGGACGGCUUUAGACAAUGGGAUGUGAUAACAGCUAUGGACAUGGAAGCCAUGACCAACACAGUAAAAGGCUGGAUCGAGAACCCAGUGAAGUUUGCCCGUUCCCAUGGAGUCCCUCUGUCUUCUAAACCCGACGUGGCCAACCCAGACGACCAGACCCACAUUCUGAUCGUGGAAGGCUUCCUGCUCUACAACUAUCCGCCUCUGCUGGAUGUUUUCGACAAGAGCUAUUACAUCACGAUUCCCUACGAGGAGUGCAAGAGAAGGAGAAGUACAAGACAGUAUACUGUCCCCGACCCCCCCGGCCUGUUUGAUGGCCAUGUGUGGCCGAUGUACCUGAAGCACAGGAGAGAGAUGGAGAGCUGCGGAUUGAAUAUCGAGUGCCUUGAUGGUUUGAAGUCUAAAGAGGAGAUCUACAACAGAGUGUAUGAGGACAUUCAGAACAAUCUGCUCAAUCGUUUAUAGCAGGAAGACUCCUCUCCAUCCCUGUACAGAACUUGUAAAUAGUACCAAGGAUUCAUUUUUGUGAAGUUUUUCUAAUUUUAUUCUUUGUUUGUGAAUUAAACAAAGCAAUGUUAAUUUAUCAUUGUCUUUUUUUUAUCAUCUUUAGAUGAAUUUAUGUUUAAGUGAUUAUUGAACCAGAACAUUACUAUGUUACUGUUAUUUUAAACCACUGACUUGUACUGGACCAUUUGUUGCAUUCUCCUACAAAUAAAUGCAUUGGUUACUGUUGAUAUACAGAACAUCAUGAA